UUCAAUCGCCACCAAAAGAAACGGUGACACUUCCCCAGUGUCACAGAACCCUAUCCCUUAUUUCAGCAUUUGUCAACCAACUCCCUUUAACUGACAACAUUUCCAAGGAUCCUAUUACCUCUCUCUCUCUCUCUCUCAGGCAUACACACAAUUACACAAAACACCUAUCUACCAUGCCGUACUCGGCCAUUUUCCAGGGCUACAUCAGAAUCACCUCAACCCCUUUACUUUCCAUGUCUCUCAGACCCACCGCCACAACCUACUUUAGAGUCCCCAAAUCCCUAAGACCUUCACUUUUACCUUUCUUUACGAGGAACCGACCGCCGGGGCUUCGGAACUCGCACGUGCGGCCCUACUCGAGACCGCGGGUCACAUGCUCGGCGGUCGAGGUGGACCGGAGGGUGAGGCAGAGGAGGGUCGCUAGGCCGCUUUGGGACCAGCAGAGCUCGGGUUAUGGCCGGUUCGCGUACCAGGACGUCUCGAGUGACGAGUCUGAUAGUGAGUUGGGGCCCGCUAAGCAGCAAUCUCAGUGUGCUUCGACCCUUGAUAACAUUGAUGGGUGGAGAUGGAAGUUAACAAUGCUGCUUCGCAACAAAGACGAGCAAGAAGUGGCGUCAAGGGAGAGAAAAGAUAGGCGUGAUUUUGAGCAACUCUCAGUGCUGGCAACCAGAAUGGGUUUACAUAGCCAUCAAUAUGCAAAAGUUGUCGUCUUUAGUAAAGUUCCUCUGCCAAAUUAUAGACCUGACCUGGAUGAUAGGCGUCCACAGAGAGAGGUGAUUUUACCUUUAGGAUUGCAAAGAGAAGUAGAUGCUCAUCUCAAGGCUUAUCUUUCUCAAAAAUCUAUGCGCACUGGAAGUUUCUCAGAUAAUUCCUUUUCAAGAUCAAGCAGUGCUGGAAGUGUUGUUACUGAUGAGGGGCUUUACGAGCAGCAGGAGCCCUUGAAACAGAAUAGUGUUGCCAUGGAGAAAAUCCUCCGACAGAGAAGUUUGCAAUUGCGAAAUAAGCAACAGGAUUGGCAGGAAUCUCCUGAAGGUCAAAAGAUGCUUGAAUUUCGUAGAAGUCUCCCUGCAUUCAAAGCGAGAGAUGCAUUAUUAAAAGCCAUUUCUGAAAAUCAGGUCAUUGUUGUCUCAGGUGAAACUGGCUGUGGUAAAACUACACAACUUCCUCAAUACAUCUUGGAAUCUGAAAUUGAAGCUGUUCGUGGAGCUGUCUGUAGUAUUAUAUGUACUCAGCCUAGACGAAUAUCUGCGAUGUCUGUUUCUGAAAGAGUUGCUGCAGAACGAGGGGAGAAACUGGGAGAAUCUGUUGGUUACAAAGUUCGGCUUGAGGGAGUGAAAGGAAGGGACACUCGCCUUCUUUUUUGCACCACUGGUAUAUUGUUGAGGAGAUUACUUUUGGAUAGAAAUUUGAAAGGGGUAACUCACGUUAUUGUUGAUGAGAUACACGAACGUGGAAUGAAUGAAGAUUUUCUUCUUAUUGUCCUCAAAGAUCUCCUUCCUCGUAGACCAGAGUUGAGGUUAAUUUUGAUGAGUGCAACCCUCAAUGCGGAGCUUUUCUCUUCCUACUUUGGUGGUGCUCCAACAAUGCAUAUCCCUGGUUUUACAUAUCCAGUACGUGCACAUUUUCUGGAGAAUAUUAUUGAAAUGACAGGAUAUCGGUUGACUACAUAUAAUCAAAUUGAUGAUUAUGGUCAAGAAAAGGGGUGGAAAAUGCAGAAACAAGCUCAAGCUUUAAGGAAGAGGAAGAGCCAGAUUGCUUCUUCUGUUGAGGAUGCACUUGAAGAUGCUGACUUUAAGGAGUAUAGCUUACGGACUCAGGACUCUUUAUCCUGUUGGAAUCCUGACUCAAUUGGUUUUAACCUCAUUGAGCAUGUGCUCUGCCACAUAGUCAAGAAAGAAAGGCCUGGUGCUGUAUUGGUUUUUAUGACUGGUUGGGAUGACAUAAAUUCGUUGAAGGACCAGCUCCAAACUCAUCCUCUCUUGGGUGAUCCGAGCAGGGUGUUGCUGCUUGCAUGCCAUGGUUCCAUGGCCAGCUCUGAGCAGAGGUUAAUUUUUGAUAAGCCUCAAGAUGGAGUGAGGAAAAUAGUUCUAGCUACAAACAUGGCUGAGACUAGUAUUACCAUCAAUGAUGUCGUUUAUGUGGUUGAUUGUGGAAAGGCAAAAGAGACAUCAUAUGAUGCACUAAAUAACACUCCAUGUUUGUUGCCAUCCUGGAUAUCAAAGGCUGCUGCUCGACAAAGGAGGGGAAGAGCUGGCCGAGUUCAGCCUGGCGAGUGUUACCAUCUCUAUCCCAGAUGUGUAUUCGAUGCUUUUGCUGAUUAUCAAUUGCCAGAACUCCUAAGGACACCAUUACAGUCGUUAUGUUUACAAAUCAAAAGUUUACAACUUGGAAGUAUUUCACAAUUCUUAUCUAGGGCAUUGCAGCCACCGGAACCUCUAUCGGUUCAAAAUGCUGUGGAAUACUUGAACAUCAUUGGGGCUUUGGACGAGAAUGAAAAUCUGACUGUGCUAGGACGCAACUUGUCAACGCUUCCAGUUGAGCCAAAGCUUGGGAAAAUGCUCAUAUUUGGGGCUCUUUUCAACUGCCUAGAUCCAAUUAUGACCGUUGUUGCUGGCCUUAGUGCCAGAGAUCCCUUCCUGAUGCCAUUCGACAAGAAGGAUCUUGCAGAGUCAGCAAAAGCGCAAUUCUCUGCCCGUGACUACAGUGACCAUCUUGCACUUGUCCGAGCUUAUGAGGGUUGGAAAGAUGCUGAAAGACAUCAAUCUGGUUACGAGUAUUGUUGGAGAAAUUUCCUUUCUGCUCAAACUCUGAAAGCCAUUGACUCUCUUCGGAAGCAGUUCUUUUGUUUGCUUAAGGAUAGUGGUCUAGUUGAUCAGAACACCGAAAACUGCAAUAGAUGGAGCCAUGAUGAGCAUCUUGUCCGAGCAGUCAUCUGUGCAGGCUUGUACCCUGGAAUAUGUUCUGUUGUGAAUAAAGAGAAGUCAAUAGCAUUAAAAACAAUGGAGGAUGGGCAAGUACUUUUGUACUCGAAUUCUGUGAAUGCUGGAAUACCCAAAAUUCCAUAUCCAUGGCUAGUUUUCAAUGAAAAGGUGAAAGUUAAUUCAGUAUUUCUUCGGGAUUCAACUGGUGUCUCUGAUUCCGUGCUGCUCUUAUUUGGUGGGAACAUUUCAAGGGGUGGUCUAGAUGGACACCUGAAAAUGCUGGGAGGAUACUUGGAAUUUUUCAUGAAACCUGCUUUAGCAGAGAUGUAUUUAAGCUUAAAGAGAGGACUUGAGGAUCUGAUGCAGAGGAAAAUUUUGGAUCCUAAGUUGGAUGUACAAUCAGAGAAUGAGCUCCUGUCGGCUGUAAGAUUGCUGGUAUCGGAGGACCAGUGUAAUGGUAGAUUUGUCUUCAAUCGCCAAGUAGCAGCACCCUCAAAGAAGACUACAAAAGAGCCACUACCAGGCAACCUCUUGAGUGGUGGAGGUGGUGAUAAUUCAAAGAAUCAGCUACAGGCACUGCUUGCCAGGGCAGGACAUGAAGCACCCACCUACAAGACAAGGCAGCUGAGAAACAACCAGUUCCGUUCCACUGUGAUGUUUAAUGGGUUGAAUUUUGACGGGCAACCUUGCAGCAAUAAGAAACUCGCAGAAAAGGAUGCCGCUGCUGAGGCUCUGCUGUGGUUGAAGGGUGAGAGCCAAUCAACUCCCGCAGAUAUUGACCAUAUGUCUAUGCUUCUAAAGAAGAGCAAAAAGAAAGAUCGGAAAAGAUCCUCAACCCGCAGUGCUAAGUGGGGUUAAACUGACUACAAGAACUAAUUAUUGUUAUUUCCCACCAACAAAAGAACUCCCUAGUCCCUAGUGAAAGGUUUGGUGGAACGGAAUCGAGUUCGAAUCUUUCUGGACAUGGAGUUGCAACCAGAGAAGGGAACUGGAUUUUCAUAACAUCUAUAGCAGGUGCUGACCUUAGUGAACCCUCAAUAUAUAUAUUUCUUGACAUGGAGUUUCAACUAGAAGGGAAGCUGGAGUUCAUAAAAUCCAUGGCUGAUGCUGACCUUAUUGAAUCCUUAAUCUAGAAGGGUAAACAUUCUUUGGAGGCUAAAGGAGAGAGAUUCACUGAAGACGCAAAUAUGGCUUGUACUUUUACACGAAGAUGCUGCCAGUCUCAGAUCGAAGAUAAGUUACUGCUGUAUAAGGUAUACCUUAGAAUAGAAAAUUCUUGCUCGCAAGAAAGAAUUAGAUCGAUUUAUGCUACUCAGUUUUGGGAAAUUGCUCAUGUAAAAAAGGAAAGCAUGGUGGAAGAAAGCCUUUGCCUCCUUGAACUGGAAAGUGUGACACAACUUUCACUAGUCAGGACUCAGGACCAAGUAUUUGAUGUACACCACAUUCAUUUGUAGCCCAAUGUUAUUUAUGAAAGAUGUGUUGAAACACACGUCAAUCUUUCUCCAAA